CUCUCUCUCUAAUCUGUUUUUGUCAUUCCACAAUAUCCGUCUUUACUCUAAUCUAUAUAUUAGAAUGAUGUGAUUUAAAUUCCUAUGUAUAUUACAUGUAGAUUUUCCUGGGUUCAUAUCAAUAUCAGAAUACGCUGGUGCGCCGUAAUAUGUCAAUCAAUUGCAAUUUCAUUCAGGCAGAUCAAAGGCCGCCAAUGUGGCCUUUGGGGUCCUGAGCACUUUGUUCGCGCCGUGAGCUACAAGUCCGUGGCUACAAUGCUAAAAUGGAUUUGUUUCGUGUUGUCUUUGGCGAUGCAACAAAUUGUGGUCAUCGAGUUGAAUAAUAUUCGUUUGUUCAUCGGGUAAUUGUCCAAAGUGAGGGACGUGUUUAGGUUCUCGUUAUCGACGCCGCUGAAAUCUGAAACAGAAAGGCUCCGAGCAUGGAGUUGGCGUACGUGUGCGACUGGGAGAGGCGCCCCAAAAGCACCCACUGCCCCUCCGUCCCCCUGGUCUGCUCCUGGUCCUGCAGAAACCUGGUGGCCUUCACCACCGACCUGAAGAACGACGACAACGGCGGCGGCGAGCCAGAUGUCAGUCACAUGAUCCACAUCAUGGACACGGAGCAUCCCUGGGACGUGUACUCUAUCAGCUCAGGCCACGCCGAGGUCAUUUCUUGUCUGGAGUGGGACCAGUCAGGCUCCAGGUUGCUGUCGGCGGACGGCGAUGGCCACAUCAAGUGCUGGUCCAUGUCGGAACACCUGGUCAACAAUUGGCAGAGUGUUCUGAGCAGUUCUGUGGAGGGAGAUCCCAUCGUGGCACUGAGUUGGUUGCACAACGGCGUCAAACUGGCUCUGCACGUGGAGAUGUCGGGCUCGACAAACUUUGGCGAGAAGUUCUCCCGGGUCAAGUUCUCGCCAUCUUUGACGCUGUUCGGCGGCAAGCCGAUGGAGGGCUGGCUGGCGGUGACGGUGAGCGGUCUGGUCACCGUGUCGCUGCUCAAAGCCGGCGGCGCUCUGCUGACGGCCAGCGAGUGUCUGUGCCGCCUGCGAGGGCGCGUGGCGCUGGCCGACAUCGCCUUCACGGGAGGCGGCAACAUCGUGGUCGCCGCCACCGACGGCAGCAGCUCUUCGCCCGUCCAGUUUUACAAGGUGGUGGUGAGCGUGGUGAGCGAGAAGUGCCGUAUCGACACCGAGCUGCUCCCCUCCUUGUUCCUGCGCUGCACGACGGACCCGCUGAGGCGGGACAAGUACCCCGCCGUAACGCACCUCAAGUUCCUGACCAGAGAGAACUCCGAGCAGGUUCUGCUGUGUGCGUCCAACCAGAGCGGGAGCAUCGUGGAGUGUUGGUCGCUGAGGAAGGAGGGGCUCCCCGUCAACAACAUCUUCCAGCACCGAUCGCCAGUCGGUGAGUCCCAAACACACGUGUGGGACCUUCGGUCCGGGCCUCGUGGUGGCCUUUUGACUUUUGACCUUCCAGUGGGCGAAAAGCAACCCACCAUCUUGAAGUGGAGGAUCCUGACCACCACCGGUGACCUGGAAAGAGUGUCGGCCAUCGCCCUUCCCAAACUGCCCAUUUCCAUCUCCAACACUGACCUGAAGGUGGCGUCGGACACCAAGUUCUGCCCCGGACUGGGUCUGGCUCUGGCCUUCCACGACGGCACCAUCCAGAUCCUCCACCGCCUGUCGCUCCACACCAUGGGCGUCUUCUACGGCUCGGCCGCCGCCGGGGCGGGCCAGCGGCCGGGAGAGGAGUCGGCGGUCAAGCGCCAACGAACGGGGGCGCCCGGCCUCCAUUUCAAGGCCUUGCAGUUUUCCUGGACCUCGCUGGCCUUGGCCGGAGUUGACAACCACGGGAAGCUGCACAUGCUGCGAGUGUCGCCCUCUAUGGGUCAAGUGCUGGAGAUGAACACCACGCUGCGCCACCUGCUGUUCUUGCUGGAGUACUGCAUGGUGACGGGCUACGACUGGUGGGACGUCCUCCUGCACGUGCAGCCCAGCAUGGUCCACAACCUGGUGGACAAACUCCACGAGGAGUACAUGAGGCAAAACCAGGCCCUGCAGCAGGUCCUGGCCACGCGCAUCGUGGCGGUCAAGGCGUCGCUGUGCAAACUGUCGACGGCCACGGCGGCGCGGGCCUGCGACUUCCACGCCAAACUGCUGCUCAUCGCCAUCAGCUCCACCCUCAAGUCUCUCCUUCGGCCCCACGCGCUCCACACCCUGGACAAAAGUCCCGGAGACCGCCUGAGCGACUUCUGCGCCAAGAACGUGGACUCGGACAUCGACAAGGUGAUGAUCAACCUGAAGACGGAGGAGUUUGUGUUGGACGGGGCCCCGCUGCAGUCGCUUCAGCAGCUCAUCCAGUGGGUGGGCGACUUUGUCCUCUAUCUGCUGGCCAAUCUGCCCAACCAGGGUUCGGUGGUGCGGCCCGGUUUCGGCUUCAUGCGGGACGGCACCUCUCUGGGAAUGCUGCGGGAGAUGCUGGUGAUGAUCCGGAUCUGGGGUCUGCUGAAGCCCGGCUGCCUUCCCACCUUUACGGCCACGUCGGACAGCCAGGACAGUUUGCAGCUGCUCUUCCGCCUGCUCACCAAGCUGUGGCUGACUUGCCGGGACGACGCCCCCCCCCAGGACCCCGACGAGAGCCUGAUUGACGAGUGCUGCCUGCUCCCCAGUCAGCUGCUGGUGCCUUGCAUGGAUUGGCUCCCCGUCAACGACGGCGUCAUCGUCAAGCUGCAGGGCAAGCAGCCCAUUCGCUUGCAGUUUGGCAAAACGGCGGCGCUCGCCUCGUCGGACGGCCUCGCCAGGAGCGUCGGCUGCCAGAGGACAGACAACCUCCGAUGCGUCCACAUGGGCGUUUGUCCCACGGAGGAGAGCAAGGCCUGCACCAGGUGCGGCUGCGUGACGAUGCUUCGCUCGCCCAACAACAGCAACGCGAUGAAGCAGUGGGAGCAGCGCUGGAUCAAAAACUGCCUGUGUGGAGGUUUGUGGCGCCGCAUCCCGCCCACGCUCGCCUGAAAGGCCGCCUGCUCGCGACCCCUUUUGCGAAAAGACUGCUUCUCUUUGGACUCUCGAGAAGGAAUCGUUGGCUCACCCUCUCAGGAGGAGAACCGCAUCGGGAGUCAGGCCAAACGUCCGCGGUUGAAAACAAUCCGAAUAAAAGGAGCUCACCGCUGCUGA